UCAGUCAAAUCAGUCUUGAACCAGACAUCGUCCAUGGCAAAGGUAUCCGUCUCUGCCGCUGACUAUGCCGUCAUCUGUGGACUGUUGUCCCUGUCUGUGGGGAUAGGACUGUAUUACGCCAUCAGGGGGAGGAGGAAGAAUACCCGGGAGGAGUACCUGUUGGGGGGACGGCGUCUCAGCGUCAUCCCCGUGACGCUGUCGUUGAUUGUGACGUACGUGUCAUCGACGUCUUUGUGGGAAUACCAGCUGAAAGCUUCUCCUCUGGGUACCCGAUUGUGUAUCUAGGUCUGGGCUGUGCUAUUGGGAUGUGCAUCUCAAUGUACACAGUGGUCCCAUUGAUGCAUUCGCUGCGCUUGUCCAGCUUGUAUGAGUAUUUUCACCUGCGGUUCGGAUCGGUGGUGCUGAGACGCUGUAUCUGUGUGGUGGGGAUGUGGCAGAACAUCCUCUACGCAGCUGUGGUUUUGUUACCACCUGCAGUUUCAAUAAAAACAGUUGCUGAUCUUCCAUGGUGGGUGUCGGUGUUGCUAGUAGGGGCCAUUGCAACGCUGUAUACGGCCAUUGGUGGACUAAGGGGCGUGGUCUCUGUGGACGUGUUUCAGGCCCUCGUCAUGGUUGUUGGCUUAUAUGCAACAUUGUUUAAGGGAGUGUAUGCCGUCGGUGGGGCCAGAAUGACCUGGGAUCUAGCUGUCAAGGGAGGGCGUGUCCCACCUAUUGAUUUCAGUGUGGAUCCGCGGGUACGUCACUCGUUCUGGGCGCUGGUGGUGGGAGGGGGCCUCCAGUUCAUAGCGUAUACAUUCGACCAGUCAGCUGUACAGAGAAUGGGAGCUCUACCUAGCGUCAGACAAGCCAAACUUUCCUACGCCUUUAUGGGAAUCGCGGUGGCUACGUACAUUGUGAGCGUCACUUUCCUUGGACUCGUGGCCUACAGCUUCUAUACAGUUCAAGGAUGCGACCCGUUCAAGGCAGGGUACCUCCAGAACAGAAACCAGCUCGUCCCAUAUUUUAUGAUGGAAAUGUUCCAAGGAUUCCCGGGCAUGCCGGGUCUUUUCUUAGCAACAAUAUUCAGUACUGCACUCAGUUCUGUGUCAUCCAUCAUCAACGGCCUCGCCGCCAACACCAUCGAGGAUCUGCUACGGCCUGUGUUUGACCGGUACAACACUACCGAGUACAGGAAAAUCUUAACUGCUAAGAUUUCGGUGUUCUUCUAUGGAGGUCUUAGUAUGUGUUUGUCUUUCGGUGCCUGGAUCCUGCCCGGAACUAUCAUCCAGGCUGCAAUGGCAAUUUCUGGAGCUUGUGCUGGUCCUAUACUGGGUGUAUUCUUCCUGGGAGCUGCAACCCCGUGGGGAAACAUAACGGGCGCUGCGGCAGGCAUAAUGGUGUCUCUGAUGCUGAACGUGUGGAUCGUCCUCGGCGGCGUCUUGUACGGACGUAGACCUGUACUACUACCACCGGCGCCUGGCAACUCCUGUCGUGUCCUGGAUGCAGCCAACGGAACAAGCCUGUACAUCCCUGACCCGUUCAACAACAGCACCGACCACGUAGAUAUCACCACAAGUUUCCCUACUACUGUGCCUGGUAACGACGCCGAGUCUGGUGGCAACCCCUUCUACAACAUCUCCUACCUGUACUAUGCCAUGAUUGGGUGUCUCGUGGCGUUUUCAGUGGGGCUGGUGGUCAGCCUGGCGACAAAACACCGCCAUGAGCCAGUGCGAGAUGAGAGGCUCCUCUUGCCCUUUGUGAGGCGAUUCUGGAAACUGGGCCAUACCAAGGAACCACGACAGACUGGGAAACUGACGGAUCCAGAGACGCAUUCCAUUGAAGGACUUCAGACUCAUCAGCGGCUCAUCACUGCUGGAGUAUUUGAAAAACCGGUUUCCACCAUGAUAUGAAACUGUCUCAUAUUAUCUUAAAUCAAUCAAGUUAGGAAAAUAUGAACAGCAUUGCCUGCUUAACAUCACCAUAUCCAAUAACUCAUUUCUAUAUUGUAUUUAUAAUCCGCCAAAGACAAGUGAAGGUCAACGAGUAUGGUAGCUUAUAUGAAGACGUCAACUAAUUGCAAAACGGACAUCCUUUCCAGGAAUUUGCGUUUCCUGAAGAUUAACAAAUGAUGAAACAUUUACCUGACUUGUUUGAUAACGAGGUUAGUAUCAUGGUAUUAAAGAAGUUGUACAUCAA